GGACUCGCGUAACCUGGCGCCCCGAAGAGUUCGGAAACCAGACGUCCCUAGAAAGGACGGCGGGUCACCCUGGAGCCCCCAAACGGUGCUAUGAGGUCCAUAAGAAGGAUGUCAGGUCUCCCCAGAAGGCGGAAMAUGAAUUCAGUGGUCUUCGAGGAUGUGGCUGUGAAGUUCACCCAAGAGGAGUGGGCUUUGCUGGAACCUUCCCAGAAGAGUCUCCACAGAGAUGUGAUGCAGGAAGUCCUUAGAAACCUGGCUUCUAUAGGAGACACAUGGGAGGACCAGAACAUGGAAUAUCAGAAUACAAAUACUGAGAGAGACGUAAGGCCCAUCUUAUCUCACUCUGCAAACAAACCAUAUGAAAAUGAGGAGUGUGGAAGAAAGCUAUAUGAAUGUAAAGAGAAGAGAAAAUCCUCCAUUUCUCUCACAAGUGUUCUAUGCCACGUGUCAGAGCACACCGUAAAURGACCUAAUGGAGGUCUGACAUUUGGAAGAGAGUUCAGUUGUUCCAAGUGUUUUCAAAAAUAUCAACCAUCUCAUACUGGAGAGCAGCCACCUGGAUGUAAGCAAUGUGGAGGCACCAUUACUAUUUCAAAUAACCUUCAAAUGCAUGUACAAACUCCUCCUGGAGAGAUCACUUACAGAUGUAAACAAUGUGGGAAAGCCUUCACUCAUUCAUAUUCUCUUCAAAUACAUAAACAAACUCAUACAAGAGAUAAGCACUAUGAAUGUAAAGAAUGUGGUAAAGCCUUCAGUAAAUUCUCCUACUUUCGAAUACAUAAACGAACUCACACUGGAGAGAAGCCCUAUGAAUGUAAACAGUGUGGUAAAGUCUGCACAUGUUCCUCUGAACUUCAAGUACAUGAACGAAUUCAUACAGGAGAGAAGCCGUAUGAAUGUAAGCAGUGUGGUAAAGCCUUCACUCGGGCUUUUCACUUUUACUCACAUGAAAGAACUCAUACUGGAGAGAAGCCCUAUGAAUGUGAACACUGUGCAAAAGCCUUUUGUACGUCCUCUUCUCUUCAUAUACAUAUACGGAUUCAUACAAGAGAGAAGCCCUAUGAAUGUAAGCAGUGUGGGAAAGCCUUUCUUUCUUACAGUACACUUUGGAAGCAUGAACAGAUUCACACUGGGAAGAAGCCCCAUGAAUGUAAAGAAUGUGGUAAAGUCUUCACUUCUUCUUAUGAACUUCAAGUACAUAUAAGAACUCAUACAGGAGAGAAGCCAUAUAAAUGUAAGCAGUGUGGCAAAGCCUUCAUUCGGUCAUCCUGCCUUCAUUCACAUGAAAAAACUCAUACUGGAGAGAAGCCCUAUAAAUGUAAACAAUGUGCAAAAGCCUUCUCUACAUCCUCUAAACUUCAGUUACAUGAAAGAAUUCAUACUGGAGAGAGGCCCUAUGAAUGUGAACAAUGUACAAAAGCCUUCAUUUGUUCUUCUUCCCUUCGGAUACAUAAACGAACUCAUACCGGAGAGAAGCCCUAUGAAUGUAAGCAGUGCGGCAAAGCCUUUAGCUCACCUGGUACCCUUCGCAUACAUAAAAGAACACACACUGGAGAGAAGCCCUAUGAAUGUAAACAAUGUGGGAAAGCCUUCACUCGGUUAUCUUACUGUCACUCACAUGAACGAAUUCAUACUGGAGAGAAGCCCCAUGAAUGUAAAGAAUGUGGUAAAGUCUUCACUUUUUCCUAUGAACUUCAAGUACAUAAAAGAACUCAUACAGGAGAGAAGCCAUAUAAAUGUAAGCAGUGUGGCAAAGCCUUCAUUCGGUCAUCUUGCCUUCAUUCACAUGAAAAAACUCAUACUGGAGAGAAGCCCUAUGAAUGUAAACAAUGUGCAAAAUCCUUCACUACACCCUCUAAACUUCAAAUGCAUGAAAGAACUCAUACUGGAGAGAGGCCCUAUGAAUGUGAACAAUGUACAAAAGCCUUCACUUGUUCUUCUUCCCUUCGGACACAUAAACGAACUCAUACCGGAGAGAAGCCCUAUGAAUGUAAGCAGUGCGGCAAAGCCUUUAGCUCAUCUGGUACCCUUCGAAUACAUGAAAGAACUCAUACUGGAGAGAAGCCCUAUGAAUGUAAACAAUGUGGGAAAGCCUUCGCUCGGUUAUUUAACUGUCACUCACAUGAACGAACUCAUACUGGAGAGAGGCCCUAUGGAUGUAAACAGUGUGGUAAAGCCUUUUCUUCAUCUAGUAAACUUCACAAGCAUGAGCAAAUUCACACUGGGAAGAAACUCUAUGAAUGUAAACAAUGUAGUGAAGUCUUCACUUGUUCCUCUGAACAUCAAGUACAUAAACAAACUCAUAUGGCAGAAUGUAAACAGUGUGGAAAAGCCUUCACUACAUCCUCCAAACUUCAAAUACAUGAAAGAACUCAUACUGGAGAGAAGCCCUUUGAGUGUAAACAAUGUACGAAAGCCUUCACUUCUUCCUCUUCUCUUCAACAACAUAAACGAAUUCAUACCGGAGAGAGGCCCUAUGAAUGUAAGCAGUGUGGUAAAGCCUUUACCCAGUCCUCCAUCCUUCACUCACACAAGAGAACUCAUACCGGAGAGAAGCCCUAUGGAUGUAAACAAUGUGGGAAAGCCUUCUCUCAGUCCUCUACCCUUCACGCCCAUGUACAAACUCAUACUGGAGAGAAGCCCUAUGAAUGCAAAGAAUGUGGCAAAUCCUUCACUGCCUUCUCUUCCCUUCGAAAACAUAAACAAAUUCAUAUAGGAAGGAAGCCUUAUGAAUGUAAGCAWUGUGGGAAAGCCUUUAGUUCAACUAGUACACUUCAAGCUCAUGAAAGAAAUCAUACUGGGGAGAAGCCCUAUGAAUGCAAAGAAUGUGGAAAAGCCUUCACUGCCUUAUGUUACCUUCGAAAACAUAAACAAAUUCACACUGCAAAUAAGUCCUAUAAAUGUAAGCAAUGUGGCAAAGCCUUUAUUUCAUCUACUAAACUUCACAGACAUGAAAGAACUCAUACUAGGGAGAAGCCCUUUGAAUGCAAAGAAUGUGGAAAAGCCUUCUCUGCAUUUUCUUACCUUCAAAAACAUAAACAAACUCAUACUGGAGAGAAACCCUAUGAAUGUAAGGAAUGUGGCAAAGCCUUUAGUUUAUCUAGUACCCUUCACAGGCAUGAAAGAACUCAUACUGGGGAGAAGCCCUAUGAAUGUAAACAGUGUGGCAAAGCCUUCAGCGCAUCUGGUACCCUUCGCAUACAUGAAAGAACUCAUACUGGGGAGAAGCCCUAUGAGUGCCAAGAAUGUGGAAAAGCCUUCACUGCCUUCUCUUACCUUCAAACACAUAAACGCUCUCAUACUGGAGAGAAGCCCUAUGGAUGUACAAAAUGUGAUAAAGUCUUCACUAGUUUGUUUAACCUUCAAAUACAUGAACGCUCUCAUACUGGAGAGAAGCCCUAUAACUGUAAGCAAUGUGGCAAAGCCUUUAGCUCAUCUGGUACCCUUCGCACACAUGAAAGAACUCAUACUGGGGAGAAGCCCUAUGAGUGCAAAGAAUGUGGAAAAGCCUUCACUGCCUUCUCUUACCUUCAUAAACAUAAGCAAACUCAUACUGGAGAGAAACCCUAUGGAUGUACAAAAUGUGGUAAAGCCUUCACUAGGUUGUUUAACCUUCAAAUACAUAAACGAUCUCAUACUGGAGAGAAGCCAUAUGAGUGUACACAAUGUGGUAAAGCCUUUACUACUUUGUCUAGCCUUCAAAUACAUAAACGAUCUCAUACUGGAGAGAAGCCUUAUAAAUGUAAGAAGUGUGGCAAAGCCUUCACUUGGUUAUCUAACCUUCACUCACAUGAAAGAACUCAUGCUAGAGAGAAGCCCUAUGAAUGUAAGCAGUGUGGGAAAGCCUUCACUCAGUCCUCUAUUCUUCAGGCACAUGAACAAAUUCAUAUGGGAGGGAAGCCCUAUGACUCUAAGCAGUGAAACAAAGCCUUCACUAAGUACAUUGAAUUUUGUACACAUGAAUUCAUGGUAGAGAUAAUCCGUAUAAAUGUAAACAAUGUUGAAAAGCCUUCACUACUUUAACUACCCUUCAAAUACUUAAUCACAAUCAUACUGGAGAAAAUCAUGAUCCAUGUGAACACUAUGGGAAAGCCUUUUGUUCAUCCAGUUAACUUUGCUCACAUGAACCAACUCAUAGGAAAGAAGUCUUAUGAAUGUAAACACUGCGUGAAAGACUUUGCUUCACCCGAUGAACUUCACUCCCAUGAAAAAACUCAUACUGGAAAGAAUGUUUUCAUCUGUAUAUAAACAUUGUGGUAAAAGCUUUAGAUGUUCUGUUUAUCUUCAUGUGCCUGAGCAGACUCACACUGGAGAGAAUCUAUGAAUGUAAAUAAUGUGUUAAAACCAUCAUGGUGGGGUUGUG